CCAUGAAACAUUGCGCUUUCCAGUGACAUCUAUGCUGCCGCUGCGGUUGUUUUGUCCUGUCGUGCUGCCUAGCUACCUGUCACAUCGGGGUUAAGAGGGUCCACUUGGAGAGGUAGGGUCAAUAGACCAAAGUUAGUUCAAAUUAACUAAAUAUUUAUUGGAAAUACUAGGACUGAACCUUUUACGGUCACUGUGAAUGAGGUGAGCCUAUCGCCAUGUUGUCUUCGAUUCCACCACGAAUCUUCAUGCGAAGGUCGCGAAGCUUGUCUCCGUGUCGUGUCCUUCAGACCAGCACAGCUGAUCCUGCACGGAGCCAAAGCUUCCUCGAGACACCGGACGCUAAUCGGAAUCCUAUCGUCUCCACCUCUCGAGUCUCCAGAAAGGGCAUUUUGAGUGAGGAGGUGAAAGCCCCCACCGUGAACCCAUUCGUGCAGUACCACCAGCUCACCCCCAGGUGGCUAUCUAACCUGGAAGGACGUCGGAACUCAUGGGCCGCUUUGGCCUCCAGGGGACGCAAUACCAGCCAGUACUGGGUGGAGAGCGGCCAGAGGACCAAUGGAGAGGGCGGGGAGAGAAGUGGACGCAGCCGAUAUGGAAUGGCUUCUGCGGGGGUACUGUCUGCUGCAGCAGUAGCCUUCUGCCUCAAAAAAGACUCUGAUUCCAAAGGUGACGCCCUCCUGGAGGCAGCGAGGACCAAUAACGCUCUGGAUGUGUCCAGGCUACUGGGCGAAGGGGUGGAGCCUAACCACCGCCACCGUCUGGGAUGGACGCCCCUCAUGGUGGCUACCAUGAACCGGCAGCACAGUGUGAUCAAGGUCUUGUUGGAGGCAGGCGCCGACCCAAACGCAGGUGAUGAUUUCAACAACGUUUACGACACGUCGCGAGAGAAGGGCAUCCACUCGCUGGAAGUCCUGGUGUCCAGGGAGGACGAGUUCAGCAGCCGGCUCAGCAGCAGGGCUGGUUUCCGUGGUUGCACGGCGCUGCACUACGCCACGCUGGCCGACGACCCUUGCACCGUGCGCAUGAUGCUGGACGCAGGUGCCAACCCCCUCCAGACCAACGCGCUGGGACACACCCCCCGGGCCUACGCCAAGGAGGGCGAGCUGCACACCCUGCUGCAGGAGUGGGAGGAGAAGUUCCAGGAGGCUCAGGCACGCAGGGAGGCGGAGGAGAGGAGGCGUUUCCCUCUGGAGAAGAGGCUGAAGGAGCACAUCAUCGGGCAGGAGGGAGCCAUCAACACUGUGGCCUCAGCCAUCAGGAGGAAGGAGAAUGGCUGGUACGAUGAAGAGCACCCCCUCGUCUUCCUCUUCCUCGGCUCUUCUGGGAUAGGAAAGACAGAGUUGGCCAAGCAGGUGGCUCGCUACAUGCAUAAGGACAUCAAGAAGGGCUUCAUCCGGAUGGACAUGUCAGAGUUCCAGGAGAAGCAUGAGGUGGCUAAGUUCAUUGGCUCCCCCCCAGGGUAUGUGGGCCACGAGGAGGGAGGUCAGCUGACCAAGCAGUUGAAGGCGUUCCCCAACGCCGUGGUCCUGUUUGACGAGGUGGACAAGGCCCACCCUGACGUCUUGACCAUCAUGCUGCAGCUGUUCGACGAGGGUCGUCUGACGGACGGUAAGGGGAAGACGAUCGAGUGUAAGGACGCCAUCUUCAUCAUGACCUCCAACGUGGCCAGUGACGACAUCGCCCAGCAUGCUUUGCAGCUGCGCCAAGAGGCCAAGGAGCUCAGCCGCAGGAAGCUUGCCGACAACCUCGACGAGGUGCAGAAGGGGGAUGAUGUUACCAUCUCACGGCAGUUUAAGGACACUGUGAUUCGCCCCAUCCUGAAGGCUCAUUUCCGGAGGGACGAGUUUCUGGGACGGAUCAACGAGAUUGUUUACUUCCUGCCGUUCUGUCACUCAGAGCUACUGCAGCUGGUUAGCGGAGAGCUCACCUUCUGGGCCAAGAAGGCCAAACAGAGGCAUGACAUCACUCUUCUGUGGGACCGCCCCGUUCUCGACCUGUUGGCAGGGGGGUAUAACCUGCACUACGGAGCACGCUCUAUCAAACACGAGGUUGAGCGACGCGUGGUCAACCAAUUGGCUGCUGCCUACGAGCAGGAGCUCCUCCCCAAAGGGUGCACCCUUCGACUGACCGUCCAAUCCCAGGCCAGGGGUGGCGCAGAGGGGCCGGAUGAACGGAGCGUGCCCAGUCUGCGCCUGGAGGUAGUGGGAGAGGACAGCUCUGCCAGAACUCUGGACAUCCGUCCACCUCUUAGCCCAGACCACUAACACACUCACUCAUUUAAACACACACACAAACACACACACGUGGCACUCACACUCUCAUAAACAUGACUCAUCCACCAGCUCGUGUAAACGCACAAGCACCACUGCCAUUCUGUCAUAUCAUAUCAGUCAGGUAGGACCGGCAAUCCUGGUUCUGUUGGGAGAUAUCGAAUAAAACCGCCUCAGUACCAACACGUCAUUGCCUUUCUCCAUGUCUGUUUCUCUUUUACGAACACACACAUACACACACACACACAAAACCAGGCAUACCAGCGAGGACCUUGCUUCAUGCUACAAGCCAUAUCCUCGUCCGUUAGCAUUGGUGGCUAACAGAAAGGCUCAGGGGAGUCAGGUGGCUGAGCGGUUAGGGAAGCAGGCUUGUAAUCAGAAGGUUGCCAGUUCGAUUCCCGGCCAUGCCAGAUGACGUUGUGUCCUUGGGCAAGGCACUUCACCCUACUUGCCUCGGGGGAAUGUCCCUGUACUUACUGUAAGUCGCUCUGGAUAAGAGCGUCUGCUAAAUGACUAAAUGUAAAUGUCAGGGGACAGCAUAAGGAAACUGCAAUAGUCUGCUGCUAAAUACUUUAAAUGGGGUACAACAGUCACAUGCGCUAUAGUUAGAGCUAUAUCAUAGUAGUUUUUCAUUGCUUGGAAAGGAUAGGAAUAGCCAAAGUUAGAAAAUGUUGUCCCAUAAUUGCACAGACAGUAUGUCUUGUGAAGAAGUAGUAGAGUUAUAUUGAAUCAUAUCUAAGAUAGAUCAUUUAAGUGUGUUCUUGGAAAGAACACUGAAACAAAAGUGUAUGGAUAUGAAUAUCACUGCCUUGAGAAAGGUUUCCUUUUAUUGGAUGUUAAAUGUUUAAGUACUGCCUUAGUCAUGAAGACAUACAGUACCAUAGUGUUGUGUGUUUUGCGGGCAAACCUAUGUGACACUGAGAUUGUGGAGACAUAAAAGUUAUUUAUACACUGGUGCAGUGGUUCCACACAGGUGUAAUAUGUGUAGUGCAUGCUGGCGAGGCACGUCCUAAGGCAUCUGUCAUGUGUACCUCCGUGAUGUCAAUUAAAGUCCCUGUGAU